UCCCCGGCGGCGCGGUCCCGGCGGCGCGGGCGGCAUGAAGACGAGCCGCCGCGGCCGAGCGCUCCUGGCCGUGGCCCUGAACCUGCUGGCGCUGCUCUUCGCCACCACCGCCUUCCUCACCACGCACUGGUGCCAGGGCACGCAGCGGGUGCCCAAGCCCGGCUGCGGCCAGGGCGGGAGCGCCAACUGCCCCAACUCGGGCGCCAACGCCACGGCCAACGGCACCGCCGCCCCCGCCGCCGCCGCCGGGAGCGGCCCCCCUGGCGGCGCGCUCUACAGCUGGGAGACGGGCGACGACCGCUUCCUCCUGAGGAAUUUCCACACCGGCAUCUGGUACUCGUGCGAGGAGCAGCUCGGCGGGCCCGGUGAGAAAUGUCGCAGCUUCAUUGACCUGGCCCCGGCAUCGGAGAAAGGGGUGCUGUGGCUGUCGGUGGUCUCCGAGGUGCUCUACAUCCUCCUGCUGGUGGUCGGCUUCAGCCUCAUGUGCCUCGAGCUCUUCCACUCGAGCAGCGUCAUCGACGGGCUCAAGCUCAACGCCUUCGCCGCCGUCUUCACGGUGCUCUCAGGCCUCCUGGGAAUGGUCGCCCACAUGAUGUACACUCAGGUGUUCCAGGUCACCGUGAGCCUCGGCCCUGAAGACUGGAGGCCCCAUUCCUGGGACUACGGAUGGUCCUUCUGCCUGGCGUGGGGCUCCUUCACCUGCUGCAUGGCGGCCUCUGUCACCACGCUCAACUCCUACACCAAGACGGUCAUCGAGUUCCGGCACAAGCGCAAGGUGUUUGAGCAGGGCUACCGGGAGGAGCCGACCUUCAUCGACCCCGAGGCCAUCAAGUACUUCCGCGAGAGAUGCAAAAUCGAGGCCCAGAGAAGUGACAUGACUUAUCCAAGGUCACUCAGCUGGAUGGAGAAGGGGGACGGGAGCGAGGAGGAGGACUUCCACUUGGACUGUCACCACGAGAGGUACCCCGCCCGACACCAGCCGCACCUGGGGGACUCCUGGCCCCGCAGCGCAGCACAGGAGGCGCCCGAGCUGAACCGCCAGUGUUGGGUCCUGGGACACUGGGUGUGACCGAGCCCGGCCCAGCCCCAGACGCCCGCCAUCGCCGGCACCAUCCCUCCCACGAGAGCCUGGUCUGGGGCCUGGAACCCGGCCUGGGUGGACUCGGUGGCCGUGAGGGGACCCCAGGCCUGUCCUGCCACCACCGGGGCUCGGGCCCUGAGUCAUGCCAGGGUGGCCCCGGGGGCUGCUGGCCACACAGAGGGGAUGCCAGCUCUGGACUCCUGCCACCACCGCACGCAGCGCCCCGCUGGGCACGGCCCGCAAAGACCCAGGACACUGGCCACUGAGUGCUGGACCCCCACGACCAGCCAGGAAGCUGAGGAGGUGCCCAGAGGAGCAGAGCCCUGUGGGGACGUGGGGUCCUGAAGGACAGGGCAGCGGCUGGCACCGCGGAGGGCCACCCAACAGGCACACAGCAGGAGCUCAAUAAAUGCUUGUUGAACCCGA